AUGAUACUCGAACAAUCCACUAGCCCAAUUCCACAACCUCUUCAAAUCAUCUCUGUACAAAUUCUUUUUACUGCAAUCAAUAUGGUGGAAAAAGCACCAAUUGUUAAGGAAUAUAAGCGAGCAGGGACCUUUUUAGGGGCUAGAGGAACGCGAGUACUGAGAUUGGUAACUACCUUUUUAACACUUGGUGCUGGAUUUUACUGUCUUAUGUAUGUACCAUUUGAUGAGUCUCAUGGCGAAAAUGUAUUUUCUCCUAUCAGAAGAUGGUACUUUGCGAAGAGAAAUGAGUUUUUCGGAGUUGCUCCUUCUGAGCGUUCUGAAACGGAUAGCAAGAAGUUUGAAGAAUAGAUGUGUAUUAUCCUUUACGAGUUU